GCAGAAUCGGUGAGCGAUGUGUCAGAGGAGAAAAGACCUCCGUGUCGAGGAAGGCGCACUAAUCCUAAAUGCGACUUCCAAGUAAUAAUCGAAGAAAAUCCUAUGACUAUCGAUGACAACUGACAAUUCCCAAUUUCUACUCAACAGUCGACCAGCGAGGAGAAAUAGGUAAUGUCGUUGACAAAACCUAGACGACGCCCUGGUCAACCACGGCACCACGAAAGGUGAAGAAAACUUCCGGGUAAAAUCGGUAAAAUACUUAAAUUCUUUCGGGUUGCUAUUUUUUUCACAAGCAAAGACGAUGUGUUAUUGUGAGUGUUGACAGUUGACUUGUUUGAAUUCUAAAUUCAGAGACCAAAGUGUGAUGCUGCUUAAGCACGGACUCUGUAUUUAAAAUUGAACAAAACCUUAUUGAAAAGGCUAUUUUUAGAUUUAAUAUAAUGUAGCUUUUUUUAGACUUUUGUAGGUCAUACGCUAUUUUGAUCUCUUUUUUUAAAUGAAAAAAAAAUCGCAAAUAUCCCUUCGGGUACCUUGCUAACGCAGGUAGCUGACAAUUCACCAUAGGUUUAUCUGAAAAUGCGCUAGGUGUCUCUGAUCGUUCAAGUGUUAUUCAAAAACUCUUCUGCACUUUUUUUGUGAAGACCUUUUCUUUUCCUAAAGAGAUUAAAUUGAAAUUGAUUACAAUGCUCAGUUUAAGGCAUUUUCAGAAAAUUAGAAGAAUUAAGACAUGUACACAAAAUUACGUAAGACGAUCAGCCUCAAGCUAUGGGCAAAGAAAUGCUGUAGAUAUCGGAAUUCACGGUUAUUCGUUAUUGGCUAUUCCAGCCAUCACUUUCGGCCUUGGGACCUGGCAGAUUUUCAGACGUCAGUGGAAACUUGGUGUUAUUGAUCAUCUUGCCAGCAGAACGUCUGCACCACCAAUUCCAUUUCAGUCUACAGAUAUUGAAGGGCUAUCUGACAUGGAAUACCGGAAGUUUGAACUCCAUGGAAAAUUUGAACAUGACAAAGAGAUUUACAUUGGGCCAAGAUCACUGGUUGGAAAUGAAAAAAAUGAAGGUGGUGGGAUGUUGUCUUCAGGGCAGAGUGGCUAUUUAGUCAUCACUCCAUUUAAACUAUCAGAUUCCAAUCUCACAGUUCUUGUAAACCGCGGAUGGAUUCCUCGUAAAAAAAUGAAUCCAUUCACCAGACUAAAUGGACAAAGAGAAGGCGAAACAAAACUGAUUGGAGUGUACCGCUCUAAUGAAAAUCGCCCCCAGUUUGUACCCCAAAAUCAGCCCAAAGACCGCAUGUUUCAUUUCAGAGAUGUGGAGGGAAUGGCUCGGCUUCUAGACACUGCGCCAAUUUUCUUUGACGCGGACGCUGAUAGCACAGUACCGGAUGGACCUGUAGGUGGACAAACAGUUGUUACUGUUAGAAAUGAACACGUUUCGUACAUUUUAACGUGGUAUUCAUUAUCAAUUAUCACAGCAUUUUUGUGGCAUCGACGAUUUAUCAAGAAAAUGCCUCUUAUGUAACUUAAAUGUAUUUAUCUUCAUAGAGGUUAAAGUCAAAUUAAUACAUUUUAACAUCAAACAUCAU